ACAGAAUGUGACGGCUUCAUUUUUGAUUGGGCAAAUCCGGUUCCGGUCUCUUCUUCCCUAGCUUGACGAUUCCAGAUUAUGCUAGCCUAUCAUGGCGUACGCUCAAAACUUAAUGUUAGCUCUUUUCAUCUCCUUCACCUUCGUCUCCACCUCAUUCUCUCAGUCUAUUCUCGGAAUCACCCCCGAAAUCUUACAACUUUUAACCAUCAAUCGCCACCGUAAGAUUCCCAAAGACAAUAACAAUGCUUUGUACUGUGAGAGCUGGCGGUUCACCGUUGAGACUAAUGAUGCUGGUUUCUGGGCUUUGAUUCCCGAAAGGUGCGCUUCUUUCGUCCAGGACUACAUGAACGGCGAUCGUUACUCUUCAGAUUGCGGUGCGGUGGCUGACCUGUCGCUGGCGUUUGCCAAUACGGUUAAGGUUUCAAACGAUGGAAAGGACGCUUGGGUCUUCGACAUUGAUGAAACUUUGCUCUCCAACUUGCCCUACUAUGUCACCCAUGGCUUCGGAUCAGAGAUCUUUGAUGAAAUCGCCUUUGACAAAUGGGUAAAUGAAGCAGAAGCUCCUGCUAUACCUGCAAGUUUAAAACUGUACAAGGAGCUACAACAGCGAGGAUUUAAGAUAUUCUUGUUGACUGGUCGGAGUGAAUUUCAAAGGAAUUAUACAGAAAAGAAUCUGGUGUAUGCUGGAUACAGCAAUUGGGAAAAGCUUAUUUUGAGGGGACCUUCUGAUAAAAGUAAACUGGCAACCCAAUACAAAUCUGAGAAAAGAAAGGAAUUAGAAGAUGAAGGUUACAGGAUUCAUGGGAGCUCUGGAGAUCAGUGGAGUGACUUGAACGGUUUCGCUGUUGCCAAAAGAAAUGCAGGUGAAAGUUGCAUAUGGGAUAAGCCCGCUUUCCCCAUCCUCGUGUUAACAGGGUAACAAGACGUGCACAGGGUAAAUCCUUUACUAUUUUUCAUAGCCAUACUUUAGUCCAAUUGUUCUUGCGAUAUAAUCUGAGGUGAUUUCUUUGAAAACAGCUGCCAUUUGAGCGAUACCUGAUCUCAAUCAGCCCUCUUAAAAAGAUGGGUGCAUACCAAGCAACACCAUUUUGAAAAUGAACCCACCAUAUCCAUAUAUACGUAAGACUUGAUUUUGAUGGAACAAAAUGCUAGUGUCAUGUUGCUAACAGCCUUAGCAAAAACAUCACAUGAAGGACCUGUAACUUUACUGGCUUUAGGAAAUUAAAAAGGACCUGUGGAAUAAAUAGGGAUUUUGGGCCUCUUACCAUGAAUCGCAAUGCUUGGUAUUUUGGGGUCUGGAAUUCUGGGUUUUGGGCAGUAGCAAAUCGUCCAUCUUCCUAAAUCAGGUACUCACAAAUUAGGGAAAAUGCCAUUCAGCAAUCAAUUCAACUGUUCCUCACGUGAAACUUUUUUCUGUAGGUCAUUAUGUUUUUCUUUUGUAUCCUUUCUAGUUAUAUUUUUCUCAUACUUGAGCAUAUAACUACUCCAUGUUCUUGAAGGCACAACCAUAGUAAAUGCUCUUAUAGUCCACACCACAUACAAUACCACAGCAUGUGGAUGUUUGUUGAGUAAUGUGACAUCCAACCAUUUUAUUUGUCGUUGUUAGUUGUGGUACUUAGUACUGCAACCAUUUAACAUAUGAUACAACAAUAAUUACGCCUUAGUCGCAAACAAAGUUGAAGUCCGGUAUUAUGAGAAUUUAUCAUGAAUUGACAAAUCUUAUGCUGGUUGCGAGCCUAUCGCAAUUCUCCUUUAUUCGAGCGUGGGAUAGACAAUGUGAGUAAGCCCACACAGUCAAGAUAUGAUAAAGCAUGAAAACAUCACUCAGCAAGCUAUUAAAAUAAUGAACAGAACUAUAUCCAAACUAUUAAUUACUUGACUUGGAGAAAUAAAUUUGUAGCUACAAGUCAUAACUUCUCUAUGUUAUAAUGAAAACAGCCAGCCCAUACUAGCCUGUUAUCCAACAAACAUAAAGAAUAUUGGUCAGAGUGCCCUGAUUUCACUCCCAAAAUCUCAAAUUAAGAAAAAAAAA